AUGAACCUGCAGUCUAUCCUCGCUGGCCUCACGCCAAUAUUGGCGAGUACAACUGCGCCAAAUCUUCCAGGAGCAUCCUUCUAUGUCGCUCCCGCAGGAUUUCCGACCUCUGCCUCCUACUACUAUCUCCCAGCGAAGCCAACUCAGGAACCUCAGCCAGUGAUUUAUGAUCCCGUGCUUAAUACAACAUUCCCCUACAACCUGACUAAUUUCAAUACCAUUCCAACCGAAAACACUGAUCCGGUCAUCUUCCCAGAGCCUGUAGAAGAGCUCUCUGACAGCGAACAGCGUGUUCUGAUGAACGCUGUGGUAGUCAAUGUGACCGAAAUUAUCACAGAGAGCUCUGCAGACGGUAGCUGCGCCAGAUGCAAGACUGCUCUGGCAGCAGCCAAGCCUGCAGCUCUAUAUGCUCCGUCUCUCGUGCCUGACGCGCUGGUCUCUCUUUGCAAGAAGUUUGCUUUCAAAUCCAAUGCCACUUGUGAAGGAGACUACGCGUCCUCGGCAUUUGGUGCCGUCUGGACGCAAGUACUUGCCUACGCUGACGUCGAGGGUCUCGACGGCGACUACAUCUGCCAUUCUCUGAGCAAGUCAUUUUGCAGCCGGCCAAAGACAGGCCACCUCGACACCACGAACCUUUUUCCUAAACCCAAGCCAGCGCAUCCUCGCAUUCCCAAACCAAGCGGGAACCGGGUCAAGGUGCUCCAUUUGUCCGACUUCCAUCUGGAUCCGCGAUACUCUGUCAGGUCUGAGGGUAAUUGCUCGUCUGGACUGUGCUGUCGCAGUAACAACUUCAACGCUGCUUCGAAGGGUCAGGUUCUUCUUGCCGCGCCGGCGUACGGAACCUUCAAGUGCGACACGCCCUAUGAUCUUGGCUUGGCUGCCCUUCAGGCUGUAGGUCCUUUGACCGGGACUGGAAAGGGCAGGCAUGAAGAUUCCCUUGCAUGGACUCUCUAUACCGGCGAUCUUGUCUCGCAUGAUCCGGCUGCACAGUUAUCUCGGGAUUAUGUCGAGUACACGGAGACCAGUGUAUUUGGGAUGUUCAAGGAAUACCUCACCGGGCCUGUGUUUGCUGCCUUGGGUAAUCAUGACACGAGCCCGGGAAACAUCGAUGCUCCUCACAGUCUUCCUGGGCCUUUGGGUGAACAGCAGAGCUGGAACUACGAGCAUGUUGCCAGUCUUUGGAGACAUGAGGGUUGGAUUGACUCCGAGACCGCGGCGGAAGCACGUACACACUACGGUGGCUACUCUGUGAAAACGCAUUACGGCCUGCGCAUUAUCGCGUUCAACACUGAUUUCUGGUACUCGACCAACUACCUCAAUUUCAUCAACUCCACCAAUCCCGACAAUUCUGGUGUCUUCUCCUGGAUGGUCGACGAGCUGCAAAAAGCCGAGGACGCUGGUGAGCGCGUCUGGAUUAUUGGCCACGUUCUCAGCGGCUGGGACGGCUCCAACCCCUUGCCCAAUCCGACAAAUCUCUUCUACCAGAUCGUCGGCCGCUACUCACCCCAUGUCAUCGCGAACAUCUUCUUCGGCCAUACACACGAGGACCAGUUCGUGAUAUACUAUGCCAACAAUGGCACGUUCCAAAGCGCAGCUAACGGCUUGACAACCGGCUGGAUCAUGCCCAGCAUCACUCCCCUGACGAAUCUCAACAGCGCAUUCAGGAUGUACGAGGUAGACACGGGCGACUUCAAUAUCUACGAGGCAUACACGUUCUUCAGCAAUGUCUCUGACUACCCUUCUCUGGAUGAAAAGGGCCCCAGAUUUGAGUUCGAGUACUCAACUCGCGACAUAUACGGCGCUGCAGCCGGAUGGGAGGCGUCAGCUCCCCUGAACGCAACCUUUUGGCAUCGGGUCACCGAAGCUAUGGAGGCUGAUGGCAACCUGGUCAGCUUGCAUAAUACAUUCCAAGGAAAAAGGAGUGUCAAGUCACCCAAUUGUACCACUGCCGCGUGUUGGGAGGCGAAGAUCUGCUAUAUGAGGAGUGGCAGUGUUGCACUAGGUAGCCAAUGUGCGCAGGGGUGA